UGAGAUAAAUAUAUAUAUAAUAUAUAUACAUAUUGAAAAAGCAUCUCAAAAUCUCACAAUAAUGACUUAUGCAAUGACUUAGAAUGACUUAUAAUGGCAUAGCAAUUCACUUAAUAAUGAACAAAAAAACAAUUAAUGGUAGAUAUGUUUUAUUUUAUUAGAAGUGGAGAGAAUGGGCUUCCGUAGCACUGACAACAAAGCAGGAUUACAGGAAUCUGGCAACGCGAGAGCUGCUGAACUCCGUUGUCGGGACGCUUUGGUCGUUAUGGCGACCGAAUUAUCUACAUUUUAAUUGCAGUUUAACGGUUUUAGGUUUUACACCAAUAGUAAUUUUAGGUUUGGGUCACAAUGAUGACAUUUAAGUAGCACAAAUGAUUCACCGCCCGCAAAACAACGUCGCUUCCAAGCAGUGUUUACUAGUUAGCUUUAGCGUUAGCAUUAGCAUUAGCCAGUUAAAGGGAAAUGCAAUGGGUUUCACUAGUUAGCCAAGGAGCUAACCUAUCUAGCCUAGCUAACUUAUGAUAUCUAGAACGGGAGACUGCAGAAGCAGCUCGGAGAUAUCAGUGAUGGUAACGUUAGUUGUUUGGAGACAGUUAAUUAGUUAACACUGUAUUAACUUGGUUAAGAUGGGUUAACUACUAUUCACAGUAACUGUCACUGCAUGUAGCUUAAGUGGGGUGCCAUUAAUUUUGGACUUCAUCUGCGAUGUGGAAUCGAGGAGGUUUUCGCAGUGCAGCUCUGGAAAGAGCUAAAGCACAGCUGUCUGGACAGCGGGUUACCAACAGUGGGACACCGAAGAAAAACACACAAAGAGAUGUGGGCAGUGCAAACUUUGGAAAAGACUUGCUACAAGCCGGACAGACCCCUUUACAAGGACUGAGUGACCUCUCCUCAGAAGAUGCAGACAGUGAAGACCAAAGUCAUCCUGCUGAUCCUGCUAAAGUGGCACCACAUUUUGCAGAGCCGUUUGGCAUGGGUGGUGGAAGUAGAUUUCUGAAGAAGUCUGCCAGCAGCGCUGCGGCAGACAGACAGUUAUCUGCCCCUAGCAGGACUCCUGCUGAUGCAAGUGACCUCAAGCUCAUUCCUCAGCGUAGCUCACAAAGUGUGGCACUAAGCAGGCUUGCGUUAAUUGAAGACCGCUUGCGAAAUCAUAAGAGCAAAAAGCUUGGCCCUGAUGUGCCGCUGCCACAGGAGCCGGGCCUUUCCGUCCAGUCUAGCAGUGACUUGAGUAUGGCUGGUAGCCGUUUCCUUAAAAAGAAAGUGUCCACUCCUACAGAUCAGAAGGACCGUGACAGCACACAUGUGGGCAGCUAUAAUAAGGCUCCUCCACAUGUAGCUUCAAAUGUGGAAAAACGCAUAGACAGUGACGAGGAGGACAUGCGUAGACUUCUGGGAGAAUCGCUAGACUCACCAGAUGCGAGCCUGACCAGAGUCCUGAGACAGAGUCCUCAGGUGUCUGCUAAGACUUUUAUGAAAAGCAGUGUAAAUGUGUCCAGCUCGUCUGUCCCGUCUGCCGAACAGCACAAAGAAAAAGCGCAUGUUUCGUCAGCAUUCACAGCGCAACGCCAUCAAAGUGUCUCUCCUUCUCCACCUUCGUCUCCUAAAGUCCUCCCAGCCAGCAGGUCUGGCUCUCGGAGGGCUGUGGUCACUCCGCUGUCCCUGAACUCAGCCUCGGGCCACAGUGAGAUCAGGUCACAGGAGGAGCUUUUCCCAGUUGCGUCUAAAGAUGACGACACACUGAGUGAGCGAAGCGCAGUAUCAGAUGAUUUCAAAUUAAAUGUCAUGACGUUGGAUGACCUGGCCCCAGUUACCCUUGGUACAGCUGAGUUAUCAAAAGAAAAGGUGGACAGUUUUCUAAAAAUGACUGAAGAAAGUCCCUCUGGAUUUAGAGAGCUCAGCAUUUCCUCGGCCAACGAAAUCUCGCAUAAAGACAGGCGCAAACCUGAAGAGGCUCCAGCAGAGUAUGAGAGUGACUUUGAGAGUGAGAUCCAGACUGACACAGCUCUGAGUGCUAAUGAGAUUUCUGAGCAUUUCUCAGCUGGAGAUAAACAUUCCUCCAUAGCUACUGAGGCUCAGUCUCGCUCAGGCGAUUUGCACUCUGAUGAUGACCUCACUCUCACAGAAGAGCCGUCGAAGUCAACAAGCGCCCGUUAUCGUAGGUCUGGGUCUUCUUUAAGCCGCAGCAGAAGCUCUUGCUCAAGUUCUGACUCAAGCGAUGCUACCAUUACUCAAAGUGAGCCACGGAGGCUGAGCACCAGACGGCCUGUGAAGGACGCUACGGUGCAGACGCAAAGAGAUGGACUGACCUACACAUGGUCCACUGGGCAAGCUGUACUGGGUCCGUCAGUAGGGAUGUCCUAUGUGGAUCCAACUCCUGUGGCUAGCCACACAAUCAGCGCAGAGGCAGUGGAAGCGCUAUCUGCAUACAGCCCUGCUGUGUUUGCUCUGAAUGACAUGCUGAGACAGCAGCUAGCACUGACCAGGAGCUUCAUUGAGUCCAGCAGACAUCUGCACCAGGCUAUGGUGGAGUCCCUGGGGCCUGCUGACUAUAGAUACACCACACUGGAGGAAGCCAAAGAGUUCAUCCGCUGUAACAGAUCACCCAAGCUGACCAUGAAGGACGCUUUGGAAGAGGUUUUGCAGGAGAUGAGGGAAUAUCACUACAUAUGAAGUACACAGAUACACAAUCAUGGGAACAAGCUGUAUAAGCAGCCUCUUUUUGGCAUAUGGGAUACAUACAUCACCCUUGAUCCCAUGUGAUGCAAACUAAUGGUGUUUUGUACUCCAGUUUCUAGUUGCAGGUCAUAUCACUGCUGUCGGAAGAAAACCUCGUAUCUCCAUUUUUGGUGUUUUUCAGUUUUUGAUAAUUUGAAAAUGUCUGUUACCCUUUACUUUGUUUGUCCAAAGAAAUGGACCAAAAUGACUUGGAAAAGACUUUGGUUCCAUUGACUUACAUUAAAAGUAGUUUUUUUUUCUUCUCCUAUAAAGUUACCAUUUUGGAGAUACAAGGUUUUCUUCCAACAACAGUGAUAUGCAAUACGUCACAUACGCAAUUUUGUAAAAGAAAUGCAGUACCUUAUGUGAACUGGAGGCAGCUGGAGUGGAACAUUCUUGGGAUUUUAUGUAUUUGUAAAUCUGUGAUUAAGAUAUUUUUGUAAGCUUACCACUGUGCAUUGAAAUGAAAUAUACAUUAAAAACGUUUUACAUUAAAUGUGUUUUUACUGCACUGUGACUGUGUAAUAAGUCAUUUAUGGUGCUUACAGUUCCCUUGCAAAAAGAAUUUUAACUAAGACUCACUUAUAACGGA